CAAUGCAACAACACAGCAGCAAUAGCAGCCGCGGUGGUAGCAGCAGCGUCAGUGGGUCAGAUGUGGGAAGCCAGGGAUUUGUUUUCCCUGCAUAGUUAUGCCGACAGUUUUGCCGACAGAUACAACUGUUAGCUUGUGGGCAAGCUUGAAAUUAAGUACAAUUGAUCACAUCUCAUCAUAGAAAGGGAACUGAAAGCUUACCCUUAAGGCGAGGGAAAUCUCUCCGUCAGGCCCAAGGUCGUCAGACGAGCUCUGAGUCUCUUUCUGUGUGUGGUGUGAUGAGGAUUUGAGCUGCUCCCAGCAUUUGAAUGUUUGUCAGGAAUGCAGAUACCUUGAGGUGCAUACUGAUACAGCAAUGGUACAAGGGGGGUUCCCAGAGAAAAUCCGACAAAGAUAUGCAGAUCUGCCUGGAGAAUUGCACAUUAUUGAGCUUGAGAAGGAUAAGAAUGGACUUGGACUCAGCCUGGCCGGCAACAAGGAUAGGUCUCGCAUGAGCAUUUUUGUUGUUGGUAUCAAUCCAGAUGGUCCUGCAGGAAAAGAUGGAAGAAUGCGCACUGGAGAUGAACUUUUAGAGAUAAAUAACCAGAUCUUGUAUGGGAGAAGUCAUCAGAAUGCUUCUGCAAUAAUUAAGACAGCGCCAUUAAAGGUCAAACUUGUAUUUAUACGACCAGGUUCCAGCAUGCCUAACAGAGAUGACGGUGAGAAGUCUGCUGAAAAAUCCUUCACUGAACCCCACUGUUUUGGUAAUGAUGAUGCAUUUAACCAGAUGGCUGUGGCUCCUUUCCCAUUACCCGCUAGCUCUCAGUCUUCCAUUGAGGAUCUCAGUAACAAGGUUGAACAACAGGUGGUGGAGAACGAGCAAGUUAUGGCAGAGCAACCAUCUGAAAAUAUUCGUAAUCAAUUAAAGCAAUCCAAGUCUUCAACAAUAAUUCCCAUCAAUUUACAUGCUAUAUCUUCAGCACCUGAAUCAUCUUACUCUCCAGAGACAGAAUUCACCACCAGAAGUAGCUUCCCACUUCCUUUGGUGGAUCCAGCAACAUGUCCGAUAGUUCCUGGACAAGAAACAGUUAUAGAAAUAUCCAAGGGCCGAUCAGGUCUUGGUCUCAGUAUUGUUGGAGGGAAGGAUACACCCCUUGAUGCUAUCGUAAUACAUGAAGUUUACGAAGAAGGGGCAGCUGCUAGAGAUGGUCGACUUUGGGCCGGUGACCAAAUUCUUGAGGUUAAUGGCAUAGACUUGAGGAAUGCUAGUCAUGAAGAUGCUAUCACAGCCUUGAGACAGACUCCUCAGAAGGUGCAACUGGUUGUAUAUAGAGAUGAAACUCAUUAUAAAGAUGAAGAAAAUUUGGAGAUUUUCCAUGUAAACCUACAAAGAAAAAUGGGCAGAGGUUUAGGGCUAAGCAUUGUUGGGAAACGAAAUGGAAAUGGAGUAUUCAUCUCUGACAUUGUCAAAGGAGGGGCUGCUGAUCUGGAUGGGACACUAAUUCAAGGGGAUCAGAUCUUGUCCGUUAAUGGAGAGAAUGUAAGGCAUGCUUCCCAAGAGGAGGUUGCCACCAUUCUGAAGUGUGCUCAAGGUCUUGUGCAGCUAGAGAUUGGACGACUGAGAGCUGGAUCUUGGGCAUCUUCACAGAAAACAUCUCAAAACAGUCAGAUAAGCCAGAGAAAUGCUCAUAGUCACCUUCACCCUACAUUUGCUCCAGUCAUUUCCACUCUACAGAAUUUUGUUAGCAAUAAGAGGUCAUCUGCUGAUUCGUCUCACAGAAAUUCAGUUGGAGCAGACAUGAGCCCGAGGACUGUGGAAAUAACAAGGGGUCCAAAUGACGCUCUUGGCAUCAGUAUAGCUGGUGGGAAGGGAAGCCCACUGGGAGACAUUCCCAUCUUCAUUGCCAUGAUACAAGCCAGCGGGGUAGCAGCACGUACACAUAAACUCAAGGUUGGAGAUCGGAUUGUCAGUAUUAAUGGACAUCCGUUGGAUGGACUGUCUCAUGCUGAUGCAGUUAAUCUACUGAAGAAUGCUUUUGGGAAUAUUGUCCUGCAGGUGGUUGCUGACACCAAUAUCAGUGCCAUAGCCAGCCAGCUGGAAAGUAUGACUGCUGGCACAAAUUUUAGCCCUCAUACUGAACACCAUCCUACAGACCCAGAAGCACCUCAGCCUAAGGUAAUUGUGUUGGAGAAAGGCUCAGAUGGACUGGGAUUUAGUAUUGUCGGAGGCUAUGGCAGUCCCCACGGAGAUCUCCCUAUUUAUGUCAAGACCAUUUUUGCAAAGGGAGCAGCUGCAGAUGAUGGCAGACUGAAGCGUGGUGAUCAGAUUUUAGCUGUUAAUGGAGAAAAUCUGGAAGGCGUGACUCACGAGCAAGCUGUAACUAUACUGAAGCGCCAAAAAGGGACUGUAACAUUAACAGUGCUGUCAUGAGCUUUCUGCAAAUGCAGUUUGGGCUGGGUGCAAUUAUUUCUGAUCAUUGCUAGAGCUGCUACACAACAGUACACCAUAUACAGUCUGAUGUGAGAUGAAAAUUUAACUCCAGCUAAGAUUAGCACACAUUAAUCAUGUUGCCUGCCUGGUUACAUCCACUGUAGGCAUUCAUUUUGUCUAGUCAUUGAAACUUUUAGUGAAAUCAUUAACACCAUCCCAUUUUCCUUGAACAUACUUCCUAUUUCCUGCUUUUGCCCAUAACUAUCAUCUAUUAUUAGGAAAAUGUAAUCACUGAAACUUGAAUUAGCAUACACACCGGAAAGAAUAAAGCUUAUUGUUGCAUCCCAUCUAAUGAAUAGAAAAUAAAUGCUGAACAACUUUUCAUCUCAUUCAUCAUUUGCUUAUGUUAAUUCUCUUUCCAACUGUGCCAGAAAACAUUAAAUGUAAUUCAAUUACCUCUGUUUCAAAUGAUGAAAUGUCAAACUCGCCUAUGGGAAAUUAAUUGUAUAUGAAAUUCAGAUGACGAGACAUCAGUCUCCCAUGUCUAAUCUCUCUGUUUUGACUAUGUAAGUUAGGGGUAAUUAUGAUGAGUCAAUUCUUAGCCUCUUCUAGUGCACAUCAAUCCUGUUUAAGAUGGCGGAAAGUCUGUCCCAAGUGGUAGAAAUUGCUUAUCCAAUGUAAAGCUUAACUCCAUGGAGGCAGAAGAAACUACCUUUAUUUGGUAUAGGGCUACUCAUUGCUUAUAAUGAUAAUACUGUAGUGAAAAGUCAAGGAAGUCUGGUGGGCCAAGGAUACCUCAUGAUCAGUUGUGCAGUUCAGUGUCUCAUCUAUGAACAAAAUGAAGAUUCUUUGUCUAAAAGCCUGCAGCGCCCAUAGAAUGUAUAUUUGCUAAAUAAUACAACUAGAAAGCAAUAACGUUCAUCUUAAUUCAUCUUGAUUGUGCAGAAUAAAGUAAAUAUGCUAAAUUGAUCAAAGGUGAAGAAGUGGUAGUUUAAAAAAAAAGUAAUUUGUCUCGUUACAUAUGUUGUCUUAUGUUUUGUGUGCUGUGUUUGGAUCUAGCUAAUCACAAAGUGCAUUAAGCUACCGGAAUACAUUGUAUGUAUUCCAUGAAUAGUGCCUGAAAGUAGAAUUAAAAGUCUUUUCAAAGGAUUCCUUAUCAUGACUUCAUGUUCAGGUUAUAUUUACCUGAGAUGCAGGGAAAAUGUCCUGAGAUGUCUUUUAACAGUGGAGGUAAUUUGAUGCUGAAGCUGUACUGCACACCCAUACUGAACUUGAAAAGGCGGCUUAUGUUAAACUACAUUAAGGAUUGUGACCAAAAUGUAAUUAUUGUUCUGUUUAGCCAUGACCAGAAAUGUAUAAUCCAAAUGGCUGUGAUGAUUCUUUUAAAUUUGAGGCAAAGAAUUUAUCCUUUUACGCACCUUUUUUUCUUAUGCAAUGAAUGUAGAGCUUAUGUACCGAGAUCCUUUGCACUUCUUGAAGCUCAGAUUAGAGAGCACAUGAUGGCUUCUUGCAAUUUGCACUCUGUGUCACAUAUUGUAACUGCAAAAAAAUGCACUACUGCUCGCAAAUGAACUAACUGGUGACAGGGAGAAAGUGCUAUGUCAUGGAUCAAAGGCACAAUCUGGUUGGGAAAUUUUUUUCCUGCUUUGAGCCCAAUGAAAUAAAAGGGAACUAUAUUAGAUUGUGGGAAGGUUGCCACCGGAAAAUGACCCGUUGGAUUGUGCCCUGGUUCUACAAUUAAGUCUGCAUUUUGCUUUUAGGGUGGGGUGGGAAUUGAGUUAAUUCAAUAAUACUGCUGUAUUCAGUCAAUGGACAUUGGAAAGGCAGCAGAACAUAUUGUAUGUUUAUGUAUAUCCGUAAGUUAAGAUGUUUUAUGACUUCCAAAGAUUCUAAAUAAAAUUCACUUGCCUAAGUA